CCCCACGGCGGCGCGGAGCCUGGAGCUGGCCGUGGUGCUGACGCGAGGCUCGAGCGCGCACUCGCUGCCUGACUCUGGCGCCGCCGCGCCCUGCGACACUCCCCAGCCCCAGCGUGGCAACAUGGAGCUGAGAAGGGGGAAAACCUUCAUCAAAUCCAGUGUGCAGGUUUCCCACGAGAAACUCAUAGACCCGCCACCCCCUGCACCAGCCAAGGAGGACACAGGCCCUUGGUCACUCUCACUGGGAGGGCAGCCGAGACCCUAUGGUGAGAAGAGCUCCCAAACGACUCCCUGUGUUCAAGGGUACGGCCAGUGCCCCAACAAAGAGAUUCAGUCUGAUCCUGAAAGCGGUCCCGUGUCCCCCUGCGGAACCACCUUCAAGUUGGUGCGGAAGAGCAAGACUCAUGACAGUGUACCAGGGGCUGCCAAGGCGGCAGCCGCCACAGGACAGAUGGUGGGUAGCAUGAGCUUCCCAGAGACCCCUGGGGGCCAGCGUAUGAUCGACUAUCGCCACUUUGUGCCCCAGAUGCCCUUCGUGCCAGCGGUGGCUAAGAGCAUCCCAAGGAAAAGGAUUUCCCUGAAGAAGUCCAAGAAAUGCUUUCGAAACCUGUUUCACAUCCGCAGAAGCAAGACUGAGAAUUUGGCCUCGCUGUCUGCCAAGGGGAAGAGCCUGGCAUCUCCUGGGGUCCCAUUGGGUAGCGUGGAGCAGCAAGGCAAACCCUUCCUCUCCAUGGGUGAGGGGCUGGGGCUGGACAACCUAUGUCAGGACCUCUCUGACAGUGAGUUUCUGCCUGACUCACCCUUUGACCUCUGCAGCGCCCUGUGCGAGGAUGUGGCCUCACUCAAAAGCUUCGAUUCACUGACAGGUUGUGGGGAGAUCUUCGCAGACGGGAGUUCGGUGCCAUCUGUGGAGCUGAAAGAGGGCCCGGAGAGCCCAGCCCAUUCACCCCAGGCUCUGGAUGGCAAGACUCCCCGUGGUCCCUCCCAGGAUAGCAUAGAACAGCUGGCAUCACCUGCCCAGAAUGAAGCUUCGGACUUCACCAAGUUCUGGGACAGUGUGAAUCGCUCUGUGAGGCAGCAGCAGCGUGCCCUGCUGGGCCCGUGGCUGGUGAGUCCCCAGGGGACAGACGCAGACCAGCUCAGGCUAGAUGCAUCUGGGUUAGCUGAACUGCCCCUGCUCCCUUGCAGGGGUCCCCCGAGUGGCUCCAAAGCCAGUUCCAUAGACACAGGUACCCCCAAAAGCGAACAGCCAGAAUCUGUGUCCACAAGUGAUGAAGGCUACUAUGACUCCUUCUCACCUGGCCUGGAGGAGGACAAAAAGGAAGCUGCAAGCUCAGGGACACCUGCAGCCACUUUCCCCAGGGACAGCUACAGUGGGGAUGCCCUCUAUGAACUCUUCUAUGACCCCAGCGAGGCCCCGGUUGGCCCGAUCCUGGAUGAUGACCUGUGUGUGUCUGAGAGUCUUUCAGGGCCUGCCCUGGGGACCCCACUGUCUAUGUGCAGCUUCCAUGUGGGAGCAGAGGAGAACUUGGCCCCAGCGCCAGGCCCCGACUUGCUCAGCCAGGGCUUCCUGCAGAGCACCUGGAAGGGCAAGGAAUGUCUGCUGAAGCUUUGUGACACAGAACUUGCCAUAACCAUGGGCAUUGUCAACUGGCUGCGCCGGACCCCACCCGCCCCUGCCCCUGCCCCUGCUCCUGUUCCUGCCACUGCCCCUACCCCUGCCCUUGUCCUUAGGGAACCUGUUGCCCCACCUGACACCCAUGGAGUCCUCAAGGACAGGAGGCCCCAGCACACCGCCGGUCACAACGCUUCUCUUUGGAAUAACAAGGACUAGCCCGGACUUAGCAACAGGUUGGAGCCAGCCAGCAUGGAGCAUGCAUACAGCUUUGUCAGGGGCUGGCCAGACCCUGCCUUGUCAGCAUCACCAGGUCCUGUCACAGAUCAUCCUGUGCAAGCAAUGACUUCUUUCAACUUGUUCUCCGAGGCCUUGGGUGAGAAAACACUCGCUCUCCCUCUCACCUUGCCGUUCCGCCUUGGAGCUGCGAAGGCCUUGGCUCCUGUCCCUUCCACCCUGUCAGGAUUGCCAUCUCUUCUCCAGGGACCCUCUGAGCGGAGCUGUGCUCACCACCCCUAACCCAAGUAUUCAGAAUCAUGCAAAGACCUGGUGGCUGGUGUCCCCGGGAAAGGUAGGCAUGUCUUCUGAAUGAGCAUGGGGGCGGGGACGGAGGACCCAUCCUUAUCGUCAAGGGUUUGAUUCUACCUCAGUGAAAAGAAUACAGUGGCAGCCAAAGGAUGAGGAUGGCUGUGAAACUUGUUGCCGGGAUCAUAAGGUCGACAGGUUGCUGGAGAAGAUGUCACACUUCAUAUACACCUUCUGUGGAGAGGGCUGGGAAUUCCAGGCAAGCACCGUAGUCCCAUUGGUAGCACACGUUCAAUGCCGGAAUGCCUGAUUUAGGCUAGAAAGCCUCUUGUGGCCGUUGGCGUCAACAGCUCUGUACGUGGCAUGCGUGAGAUGGGGGUUAAAGCGGACAUCAAGGUUGUGGCUUCGUGGACCCGGACACUAAGAAGCACGGGCCGUUCACCCGGGAAGCCACAUCUUCUCCUAUGACCAGACUCCAUCAUGACAUCACUGAGCCUGGCUGUGAAUAAGUGACAAAUAGAAGAAUAUUCUGCAUGACCCCUGCAGCAGUCAGAGGUAAAUCUUAUGCUCAUUUUCCGACCUGGGGAACAGGCACAGAUUGUGUGGCCUUCCUUUGGACACACACACGUAGUGUGUGCAGAUAAUGGCACUCAGAUCCCCUCCAAACCUGACUGAAAUAGCUCUGCUAUGCAGAAGGUUCUGGAACAUCCCCCUGGUUCCCCUCAGCUGACACUUCCAGAGUCUUCACCCCUUUCUUCUUUCGGGCCACAGAGGCCUGAGCGCCCUGGGGUGCCAACCACAUGUCUUCUGUAAGCAGGCUGAGAACUCAGUAAGGAGGCCACCCUACCCCAGUCACAGCCCUGAGGCUUUGUACUGUACCCGACAGAAAAAGUGCUCAGUAAAUACUCUUUUGAGAGAAUGCAGUGUCAA